AGCAUUUCGCAAGCGUUCACGGAAGUCUCGCGAUGUUGCGCCUCUGUUUUGAUGCACUUUUGCGCAGCCUUAACAGUAAUUUGUUUCUACCCAGCUAGUGUGGUGUUGCAUCUCAUCACUCAACUUUCCGGUUUUCUUAUCGUUGUCGACUAUCAGCAGGUUGCCAGUUUCGGUGCAAUGUCCAUCUGGUUUCUCCACCUUGUUAUUGCACAAACGAGGACUCGUCAGACAGACAGUGCAGCACCCGACUCGAUGAGGCGUGUGGACCACUUCAGAGGUUUAUUAACUAGCUAGCUGAUCAUCAAAAUAUAAGUGCCACCUUAAAAACAUGAGUCCAGAAGGAAAGACACUGUUGAACAUCGUAAUCCUGGGCUUUGGAUUUAUGUUCAUGUUCACUGCUUUUUCAACAUGUGGAAAUAUAGAGCAAACUGUGAUCAAGAGUUUCAACAGCACUGGCUUCAGUGGGAGUGGAUACACAAGCAUGUCCAUCAUCUAUGGAGUUUUCUCUGCAUCCAACCUGAUUGCUCCCUCGGUAGUGGCUGUUAUAGGACCACAACUUUCCAUGUUCUUUAGUGGACUAGCAUACAGUGGAUACAUUGCCACGUUCAUCCAACCCUUCACUUGGAGUUUUUACACAGCCUCUGUAGUUGUUGGAAUAGCGGCGGCAAUAUUGUGGACUGCUCAGGGUAACCUACUCACCAUCAACUCUACAGACGCCACCAUUGGCAGGAACUAUGGUAUUUUCUGGUCCUUGCUACAGUUCAGCUUUUUAUUUGGGAACAUGUAUAUUUAUUUUGCCUGGCAUGGCCAUGUUCACAUAUUAGACAAGGAUCGUCAGACUGUAUUCAUCGCUCUCACGGUCAUAAGCCUGAUAGGCAGCUUCCUGUUCUUCCUGAUCCAGAAGCCAGAGCCUAAGUCCAUAUCCUCUGAUGAAUCUGAGUCACUGCUGCAGGCUGAGUCCUCAGAGAGUGCCUCUGUUGUUGUAGUACCUCAAGGUUUCGGUUCCCAGGCUCUGGAUGCUUUCAGGAAGGCAUUGCAGCUGUCUGUCACUAAAGAGAUGCUGCUGUUAAGCAUCUUCAUAGCAUACACAGGACUGGAGCUGACCUUUUACAGUGGGGUAUAUGGGACGUGUAUUGGGGCCAUGACUCAAUUUGGGGACAAUGCCAAAAGUCUGAUUGGGCUCUCAGGCAUUUUCAUUGGCAUUGGGGAGAUCCUGGGAGGGGGCAUGUUUGGGAUGUUGAACAAGUGCAACCGGUUUGGGAGGAGCCCUGUGGUGCUGUUGGGGCUGAUCACUCACUUUGUGGCCUUCUACUUGAUCUUCCUGAACAUCGCCAGCGACGCCCCUCUGGCCCCAGAGGAGGGUACAAACCUGAAGGCCUUCAUCACCCCCAGUGUUGAGUUGGCUCUGCUGUGCAGCUUCCUGCUUGGCCUGGGAGACAGCUGCAUCAACACCCAGCUGUUGAGCAUUGUGGGAUACAUGUUCCAGGAGGACAGCGCUCCCGCCUUCGCUGUCUUCUACCUUGUCCAGUCCAUCAUGGCAGCCCUGGCCUUCUUCUACAGUAACUACCUACUACUGCACUGGCAGCUGCUCAUCAUGGUGCUAGUGGGCUUCCUGGGCACACUAUCCUUCUUCAUAGCUGAGGGGAUGGUGGUCUCCAGAAGACGCGAUACUGACAACAAUAGCAUAUGACAACCUAGGCCUAAGGGGACAAGGGGCUGUGGUGAGAGGAACUUCCUAUCAUCCCUUUAGGACCCUUCAACUGACACUGUCACUGGCCUACCUGAGCCCCACUAAGCACAGACUGUAGGUAAUGCUGUUUUUGCAGUCAUCCCAACUCUAUAGAUUUUUGCUUUUCAAGUGCAAGAGACACUUUCUGUUGAAUGCUGUAUGUUUGCUCUACUUGGAGCACAUCAGUCCUUUUUUAAAGGAGGGUAUGAUAGUGGAAUCCAUACAAAAUUAUUGAACAAUGCUGUGAAUAUUUUUAUCUGAGAAAUGUAUUUUGAAUGUAAACCAAUCAAGGUCUAGACCUGGGCAUAGCACUAUUACAGGAACCGCUUUAGUUGUUAAUAAUCUUGUCAAUUGCUUUAGACACUAAAAUGAAAUGUGCUGCUUUGCUUGUGGACCUGUCAAAAGCUUUUGAUACUGUUGAUCAUGCUAUUGUAUUGAAUAAGUUGUCCUCGAUAGGCCUGAGGUCUGACUCCUGUUCAUGGUUUAAUGAUUAUCUUAGUGAAAGAACUCAAGCCAUCAUGAUUGAUGGGGUUAAGUCUGAAUUUCUUGAUGUAAGGUGUACCACAGGGGUCACUUGGGACCUGUUCUAUUAACUAUUUGUAUAAACACCAUUGGUCAAUCUGUGUUAAAAAUGGUAAAAUUCGGAUUUUGCGGAGUCAGUUAAGAACAAAUUCUUAUUUACAAUGACAGCCUGCCAAAAGGCCUCCUAUGGGGACGGGGGCCUGGGAUUAAAGAAAAUAAAUAAAUACAAUAUAAAUAUAGGAUAAAACAAACAUCAUCUGGAUUAAGUCUUUGAAUGAAGAGAUUGAGAAAAAACUGUCCAGUUUGAGGGUUUGUUGCAGCUCGUUCCAGUUGCAAGCUAAGGGGAACUGAAAAGAGGAGUGGUCCAGGGAUGUGUGUGCUUUGGGGACCUUUAACAGAAUGUGACUGGCAGAACAGGUGUUGUAUGUGGAGGAUGAGGGCUGCAGUAGAUAUCUCAGAUUAGGGGGAGUGAAGCCUAGGAGGGUUUUUAUAAAUAAGCAUAAAUCAUUGGGUCUUGCAACAGGUAUACAGAGAUUACCAGUUAACAGAGGAGUAUAGAGUGCAGUGAUGUGUCCUAUAAGGAGCAUUGGUGGCAAAUCUGAUGACCAAAUUGUAAAGAAUGUUUAGCAGCUCGAGAGCACCCUUACCUGCCGAUCUAUAAGUUAUGUCUCCGUAAUCUAGCAUGGGUAGGAUGGUCAUCUGAAUCAUGGGUAGGAUGGUCAUCUGAAUCAGGGCUAGUUUGGCAGCUGG